AUGUCAAGCAUGAAUUAUAAUAAUUAUAAUAAUCAACUACCAUUACAAUCAAUAACAACAGCACCACCACCAGUACAAAGAUAUAUGAAUAAUCAACGUCGAGGUGGUACUGUUUAUAGGAACAAACAAUACAACUAUGAAUAUAGCAACUCUAUUCCUAAUAGAAAUUAUAAUAAUGAUUUUUACAGUCUUCAAAAUAAUACGGAUAACAAUUUUUCCAAUCGUCAAAACAAUAAUAAUAAUAUUUUUUAUAAUCGCAAUUUUCAACAACGUCACAAGCGUUAUAGUAUGAAUAAUGACUCUAUGGAAAGUUAUUAUAAUUAUAACAAUAGGCCACCAAUAUUUCAAACAGCAUCACAUAAUACAACUCAAUCAUUUACUGUCAAUGUUGAUACAAAUGAUUUAGAUCAACAACAACAAAGUAGUCAACAUCGGCCAACUACUAAUACAUCAACUCGUAGAUGUCAACAACGUCGAAACCGUCAAGAACAGUAUCGUAACACGGCUGAUAGCGAUAAUAAUUAUAAUUAUAAUCGAUUUAAUGAUUUAACAGAAGCCGAUGCAAAUACAGAUAUUGAAUCAAAUUAUGAUGAUGUUAUGAAUAAUGAUGCUGCACCAAUAAUAAAUAAAAAUAAAAAUAAUAACAAGAAGAUGAAAAUAUUUUAUUUAGAACCCAAUCGAAUAAUGCGUUAUAUGCAAGACAGUGCAUCGCCCAUUUUUAGUAGUCGUGGUAAUCAAGCAUAUAUAUUAGCGUCAACGACUAUUUACGAUGACUGGAUUCGUAACAAUUAUGAUUUACAAGUGUGGCAAAAUUAUUUAAAAAUGGGCACAAAUGAUAAACAUUGGGCCAAAGAAGUAAUUAAAGGAACUAAAAUACGUGAUGAUAUAAUAAAUAGCCGGUUUGUUAAGAAGAAGAUUAAUCGAUUUACGACUAAUAUAACACAAGCAAGCGCUAAUAUCUCAAACUUACAAAUUCAAUUAACUACUUAUUGGACUCAAACUAUAACCAAUGGAAUAACUUCUACAACACCAGCAGCAACAACACUCGAGAGCCUGCUGAAAGAUUACAAAAGUUUAUAUUAA